AAAAUAACUGUGCGAUGUUCGGUUUGAAGCGUAAACCGCCGUAUUAUCGUUCAGUUAGGGAAGUGGCCGAUAAUGAUAAAAAGCCUAAAAAUGAUACAACAAAUUCACCAAAAAAGUUUAUUUAUGGUAAUUACAACAGGUAUUAUGGUUAUCGUAAUCCUUCGAGAGAACCUGACGGAAGGCUGUCCCUAAUGAAGAAGGAAUGGUUUGAGGGGAAAAAUAUUCUGGACGUCGGUUGCAAUGUCGGCCAAGUUACACUAGCCAUUGCGACUAAUUUUUUACCUAAAACAAUUGUCGGAAUGGAUAUUGACCGCGAGUUGAUUCUCGUCGCUAAGAAAAAUAUCCGGCACUGUUUGAUAGACAAUUCAGAUGGUGAUCUGGGUGCCGGCGAGAGUGCAUGUGAUGGUGGCGGGAAAACAGAAAAUGGCGUCGACGAAUCAAAAAAUUCUUCAGCUUCAAAUGACAUCAAGAGAGUUCAUUUGUUGAAAUCUGUAUUUUUUAUUCACGGGAAUUACGUUCCAGAAGAUGAUGGAGGUGUUGAUCUCGUAAUUGAGGAAUAUGAUGUCAUACUUGCUUUGAGCAUCACUAAAUGGAUCCAUUUCAACUUUGGUGAUGACGGGCUGAAAAGAUCUUUCAAAAAGAUGUAUAAACAACUAAGGGUAUCGGGUCUUCUGGUGUUAGAGGCUCAGGAGUGGUCAUCUUAUAAGAAGAAAAAGAAGUUGUCUGAUACAAUAUAUCAAAACUAUUUGUCCAUCCAGUUCAAACCAGACCAAUUCCUGGAUUAUUUAACGAAUAACAUUGGCUUCCAACUGAUAGACACACUUCUUCCAAAACAUGUACAAUCAAAAGGUUUCCAAAGACCCAUAUGGAUAAUGCAGAAAUGAUCAUUUCCUUACUAUCAGUCAGUCAGCUGCCAGUUUCUGUGAUACUUUUUUGUUUCUAUGACAAAUUUUUUCAAACUGUUCAUUCAAUUCACGUGAAGUCUUAUGGAUUGUUGCACAAAUUAAUGUUAUUUUUUUCUCUUCUGAGUUUUAUUUUGCGCUAAUAUAACAAUGAGAAAAAAGACAAAAUCAUUCAAAAUGUCAACUUUUUUCAAU